AGGGACUCUCGGUUCUUUUAUACUUUCAGCCAACCUCCCACAAACACAAACUUACAAUCACACGAAGAAAACUUCCUCUAAUCUCCUCUCCCUCCUCUUCGCGGCGCAAGCAAAGCAGAGUGCUUUCCAAGCAAGUGUUUCUCUAUCCAUAAACGCUCAAAUUAUGAUGACACCAAACUAGAUUUUCAUAGACUGUUUUUUAUUGAUUGAUUUAUUUAUUUUUCUCUCAAGAAAUUCGAAGCUCUUGGCAUUCUCGCCCGUCGUAUUUUCUUGCUCGUAUUGCUUCGCUGCCUGCGUCACAGCGCUUGGCAUUGAGACACACAGGGGCCCUCGGUAGCCCCACGAUUGGGGGCUCUGUUUCCGCCACUGUGAUUCAUGGAAUGGGGUGCUUCUUUGCUUUCUAGUCCUUUUAGUUUUUAGGGUUUGGUUUUCGUAUUACUUGGCAUAAUGGGUCUGGGUUCUUGCCCGGGAAUAGCUUGGUUUUUCAGGGGAUAGGUUUGUCGUUUUUGGAAACAAACAGUAUUGACUGUGAUGAGGGUCUUCUUGGUUUCUUCUUCCUGAAUUGUGAAAGCCCAUUGUAGACAAAAAAUUGCUUCUUACUAGAAGCACUUUCUGACAAAAAGUUCCUCGAGAUUAUACAAAAGUUUCUUAUUCAUUUCAUUGAUUGGGGGGUUCUUAUUGAAUUGUUCUUGACCAAGUUCUUUGUUAUUAUCUCAUGGUGUAUAGUGUAAAGUGAGGCAAAGAUAAGAAAGAGAAAAGAAUAAAGAAAGCCUAAUUUCAGUGUACAGGACUGAUUUGAAGAAUUAGGGUGUUUGGGAAAUUGGAUUGAGAUUAUGAGCUUUGGUAUUGACUAAUGUGAAUUUAAAGUGACAUCGGCUUAUUAUUUUUUUAUUAUAGAAAAAUAGUCAAGAAUAUUGUGGUGGAAUUGAAAAGUUUUAGACCAAAGACGAAUUGGGGGUUCAUUUAAUAUCGAUUGAUCAUGAUUGAUACAAGUUAUGGAUAGAAGUGAGCCCGCUUUGAUGCCAGAAUGGUUGAAAAGCAGUGGAAGUGUCACUGGUGCUGGCAGCACAAACCACCAAUUUUCAUCAUCUUCGUUGCACUCAGACGAUCAUCCCAUAUCGAAGCAUGCGAAACAUAGGUCAUCCAUGAGCAGUAAUGAUCUUGAUAUAAGUCGUCUAUUUGCUUCAGAUCAAUCUACUUCCUCCUAUUUUCGCCAGAGUUCUAGUAAUAACGGUUCUGCCCGCUCACGGCCUUACAGUACUUUUGGUAGAAGCCACCGUGAUAGGGAUUGGGAGGACAUCCAUUCAUACUGUGACAAGGACAAGUUGAUUUUGGGUGACCACAGGCGGCCUGAAUAUGCUGAUUCUCUUGGUAGCAUCUUGCCCAAUAGGUUUGAGAAGGAUAUGUUGCGGGGUUCACAGUCUAUGAUUACAGGAAAACAUGGUGACACAUGGCCCAGUAGAGUAGCUGUUGACUCAAAUAGUACUAAAAAGAAACACAGCAAUGAUAACGGUCUGCUUGGUAGGGGUAGUGUUGUUAGCAGUACUACUAAAACUGCAUUCGACCGGGACUUUCCCUCACUCAUAGCUGAAGAACGAGAAGAUGGUUCUGAAAUAGGAAGAAUCCCAUCUUCUGGCAUGAACACUGCCAUUCAGAAAUUGCGAAUUGGCACUUCUUCCGCCAUUGGUGGUGAUGGCUGGAAAUCGGUUCUAGUAGAGGUCCCUGUGAUUGCUGGAAGCAAUAGCACUGGUGCAGCAUUGGCUCAGCAAACUAUUUCUGCAAGCUCAACUUCUGGGUCUCCAAGCAGGGGGACUGGCCUCAAUAUGGCUGAAACAUUGGCUCAGGGCCCUGCUCGUGCUCGUACACCUCCACAAUUAUCUGUAGCAACUCAAAGGCUUGAAGAUCUGGCCAUGAAGCAAUCUAGGCAAUUAAUUCCCAUGAUGCCUUCCCUGCAAAAGCCCCUGGUUCCCAGUCCUUCUGAGAAAUCAAAACCAAAGAUUGCUCAGCAGCAGCAUACAUUCUCAUCUUCACACACUGUGAAUUACACUUCACGUGGAGGGUCCACAAAAUUUGAUAUUACAAAGGUAUCUGUGGGCAAUCUUUGUGUCCUCAAUCCAUCACGAGAAUUGAAGUGUUUCUCUUCAACUGCUAAUGGAAGCAGAGUGGUUAAUAGCCCACCUGGUGUUGCUCCAUCAGCUACUGUGUCUGUUCCCCCGAGGAACUUAAGCAGCAAUUUAAGCCCUACCAGUGCUGACUGCAGGCUAACUGCUUUCCAGACAACUGUGGAGAAGAAACCAUUAUCUCAAGCCCAGAGCCGGAAUGAUUUCUUCAAAAAGCUUUCAAGGAAAAACUCUUUGACAAACCCCCCUUCUGCUGUUCCUGAUACUGGCCGAGCAGUUUCUGUCUUAAAGAAUUCUGAUAAAUUGGUCAUAGAAACUGCUACUCCCACCUCUGUUAAACUUCAGAGUAGAGAUGUCAUUUCAUCCGAUAACUCUGUUGCAGGCUUGUUGUCUGAAAGUAGGGUUGAGAUGAGCUGCAAUGGAUAUCCACGUGAUGUGUCUCAGAAAUGUUUAAGCAACGGAGAAGAGCAUUCAAGCCCUCAUGUGAUUCUUUAUCCUGAUGAGGAAGAGGCUGCAUUUUUACGAUCACUUGGAUGGGACGAAAAUGCUGGAGAGGAUGAAGGCCUUACAGAGGAGGAGAUCAGCGGUUUCUACAUGGAGAACAUGAAAUUGCAGCCGACAUCAAAACUUCUGCAGGGAAUGCAGCCAAAGAUUUCACUGGCACCUUAACUCACAAGAAUCUUGAUUUGGAAAAUGUCUGAGCACUGAGCAAAGCUAGGAAGUCUGGAUGUGAUUGCGAAGUUGGUUUACUUUCAUUUUUCUUUUGGUUUUGAUUGAAAUUGAGAGAGUAUCUGAGCCCAGCGGUUGUUAAAUACGAGAAAGAUCAUGGGAUGUCUGCUAUUGCUGUUUUGCUGGAAGUUAUUUGGAAUAAGCUGCAAAUGGUCCAUUUUCUUGAGGAAAACUAGUGUAUGUGCUCUGCCUGCUUUUAACUUAGGAUUUUUUUUUUGAGUUUGAAGGUUGAUAGAAGAGGUAGGAAUAGGAUUUGAUAUUGAUCUGCUGCGAUGUAAGAUGCUGCUGAGGGAAAUAGUAUGAGAAAUUAGGUUUUUCCUUGUAGAUGUUGUGUGGGGGCUCAAUUCAACAAAUACCUUAUGAUUUCAAUGGUGAUAUCAAAAAGAAAAAGAAGCAAGAAUUUCAGUUCA